AGAUCCUAAGCUCUUUAAGGAUUAAGCCACAUCCCAAGUUUUUCACACAGUUGACCAACACAACCGUAGCCUUCUGGCCUUGGAAGAUAAUAGCCACAUGUCUAUCCAUGUGCAUUUGCAGAUACAUACCAGCAGGAGGCGACAUUGCAACCCACCUGAGCAGAGGACGCCACCACCUAGUGGCCAUCUCGGGGAACUGCACUUCCGCCACACCAGUUCUGUAUUCAAAUGCACCCUCUGCUUGGUCUGGUGCAUCGCCAUCCUUGGCUGGCAAAUGUUGUUGCCUAUGGGACACUGUUUUCAGCCGCAGAUGCAGCCCAGCAGAAGUUGGCUAAGCCGUGCCAGGAUCCCCACAGACACGACGGUUUGGAUCUGAAGCAGACGGCAAAAGUGGCGCUGGUCGGGUUCACAUUCCAUGCCAACUUCAAUUACGCCUGGUUCCGGAGCCUGGAGCGCCUUCUUCCAGGAGUGAAGGUGACCACGGUGAUAGCUAAAGUCACUUGCGACCAGGUCAUCGCUGCGCCAGUCACCAUCGGGGCUUUUUACACCGGUCUCUCUCUUCUGGAUGGUGAAAGCAACAUAUUUGGGAAGCUGCAGGAGAAGUUUUGGCCAACAUACAAGGCUGGUGUGCUGUGCUGGACCUUGUUCCAAGCAGUGAAUUUUGCUCUUGUGCCACCCCUGCUGCGCACAGCCUACGUGGGGGCCUGCUCCUUCCUGUGGACGGCAUUUCUCUGCUACCUGCGCCAAACUGAUGCCCAUGACACCACCUCCCAGCUCUUCCAGGCAGUGCCAGGCUUGACCGGGCUGUUUCCAUCCAGGGCAGGAGAGAAUCAAGUAAAGAUGCCGGCUGAGAAAUGACCAAACGGCCGUGCUGUGGAUUUUU